GAGUCUUUUGUCAGGCCAGCGGCGGAGACUCUCUUGCUCUUGCCAGCACCUCUCUGCCAUCGCCGCACCGUCCCCGGGCGCACGUUUCCGGUGGUUUUAUUUUGUUUUUAUCGUUGAUACUGCUUGUUUCGUUAUUUCAUGCCGUGUGGGAUUUAUCAAUAAGCGGUCGUUCAAGCGGGUUUUGGUGAGCUUCGUUGGAUUCACGAGUGCUUUUUUUUUACCCGCUCGAACCAGAGAACGAUAUGGUGCGUGUUGUUGGUGGGACUCGGUGAGAAUUAGGGUCUGAUACCACGCCUUUCCGGGGUGAUGCUGGAACGGGCUGCCGGAUGCCUUGAGAGCGCAGGACGGCGUUUCUUUCAAGACUCCAAUGGCGCAAUUCGAAGUCGAAGGUUACUGCCCUCGCAAUUUUGGCAGUAUACCUUGGCAGGCUCCGACGCAUCGCAGUGGGCUGGGUUGUUGCUGCAGGCGUCAAAUUCCCGGACACACUCGGCGUUGGGCGUCCCCUCGGCCGCCAUCGAGGCCAGCAAUGAGACCCGGGUGCCGGUACUUGACUUUCUAUACCCUCCACAAACGCAGGAGUAUGCUGCUCGAUGCCUGCUUCGAUCACCGAAACGAUUGAUGCCGCGCCGAGGGAAACGGCUACUCGGCAAUGUUGCAAGGACUUAUACAUCCGAGACCCUCGUGGUCUCUGAAGAUAAUACAAGAAACCAAAUCGGAUCACCUGGGGUAGAAACCAGUGGGAGGGACCAUGUGAGAGGGAUUGCCAAGCAGGAGCUGAUCGCCCUGCUCAACGCUCCACGGCAGACAGAGUACACCAGGGCGUAUGACUGCUAUGUUAGAGCAGGCAAUCCUGCUGAUUGCACUUCUGCGAUGCUCGCCUAUGUGAGUGCUUCGGAGUGGCCUAUUGAUCGAUUACGCGUGAGACGCUUGUUCGAUGAGAUUCCGGUAGAGCAUCGUUCUGCCGAGGAUUAUUCACACGCCGUCAUGUCGGAGCUUCUGGUAGACAAUGCCAGCAAAAGCAAACGUAUCUACCAGGAGGCUAUCGCCAAAGGCCUGGCGCAUAAAUGCUCCGAUCAUAUUCUGUCAUACUUUUUCAAGAAGAUGGAUUGGCAUAAUCUUGAAGACCUAUGGGCCACACGGCCGUCUGAUACAGACAUUGCCUCCCUAAACUCGGCGAUGCUUCAUAUCGACACUCCCCCCAUUCUCAAACGGGUCUCGUCUCUAGCGGCGUACUUGGAAAAUCGAGGUGGCGAUAGCCUUCUCGGUCAAUUGGCUAGUCUCUCUCUCAGCGAUCUCUUCCAGUCUCUUCAAGCAAUGGAGAGUAUAUCCACGUAUACAACACUACAGAUCCUUCGGAGAUACAACAAGAUCGGAAUCCUGACUCCUGAUCAUUACUUUGACUUGAUCAAGACCCUCGGCUCUUCGAGGGCUCGGCCGACUUUUGUUCGGGCUCUCGUCGUUUACCGCAACUUCCGGUGGCUGAUGAAGAACCAACCACCGCCAGAAAGUCUGCUGAAUCUGCUUUUACAGUCAUUCGCCUUUUUCAGGAUUAGCACCGGCGUUGAGUAUAUCAUAUAUGAGUAUGCUCACUUCUAUGCGAAGCCAUCGCUAGAGGUAUAUAAAAAUGCCCUCAUUGCUCUUUCCCGGUCUGGAGAGGUGGACAACGUUCAAACCAUCUUCGACAAAUUCUUGAAAGAUCACGGAAAGCCCCUGAGCCAGAGACUAAUAACCCCGCUCCUGUACGUACACGCAAAAUCAGGCAAUGUCCCGGAAACCACUCGCCAGUUCGAAAGAGUAUCAACAGAAUUCGGCCUCGAGCAGAAUACAAUUUGCUGGAACAUUCUGCUUGCAGCCUACGCUAACGCAGAUGAUCCCCGCGGAGCUUUGGAAACAUUUGAGCGGAUGAUGUCAACUGACGUGGAGCUCGAUUCUCAUACCUUUGGUACAAUGAUGGGCAUCUUUGCCCAUAAAGGUGAUCUUAACACUAUCCGUCAUCUUCUUCUCAUUGCCAAACAACGCCAAGUACACAUCACGGCGCCUAUUAUUGAUACCAUCGUGGAAACCUAUUGUAAUGACCGGAGAUUGGACCUUGCUGAGGGCUUAGCUGAGACUUGUCUGCCCUUGGAUAUCAAAGGCUCGAAGCUGAGAAUGUGGAACGUCCUUCUAUGGAAUCACGCCUUUAGAAUGGACUUGGAGUCCGUUUCUCGCAUUCGGCAGCGUAUGGAAGAAGUUGGACUUCAAUUCGACGAGAUGACAUAUGGUGCACUCAUGCUCUGUCUCGUGCUUUCGGGACAGCCUGACUCUGCCCGCCGGAUCCUCAGAACCCUUCAUAGAAGCCGCAGGGUAUGGGCCUCGGAAUUUCUCUACGCUAUCGUCAUCUUUGGCUAUGUCAGGGCUCGCAAUCGAGACAUGGUCCAUAUUAUAUUCGAAGAGAUGAGAGAUCGGUUCCAGAAACUUGGCUUAGGAUCGAAGCUGCUGUAUCUUAAGAGUCAGCUUCAACGAGAUCUACAACUAGUCAACGCUGGCGCCAAAACAGACAGCGGCGUGGAUCUUCGCUUGCAAAAUGCAGAAAAAUUUCUGAUGGAGACAAUCACUGAUUUUAACCCCAAGUCAUUGGUGAAGAAACAGCCGUCUCCUGGAACUGCAAGGCAGUCCCUCCGUGAAGCGUUCCCCGCUAUGUACUAUGAGUACAUGAUUACAGCCUACGGCUCGAGAGGUGCCUUAUGGCGAGCUCAAGAAUUGUUUGAUCAGUUCAUUGAGCGCCAGAAAAUCGAUGUCUCCCCGGAUUACACAGAAGACUCGGCUCCCCUUCGUCUGCUUUCUGCUCUUAUGCUUUCCUAUCUGAAAGCAGAGAAAUACAAGGAAGUCGAAGAAUGUUGGAAGAUGGGCUUUCCCCGCGCUAUCAAGAUGUCCACCUCCCCCGGCAUAGAGCAAUGGCUUUCACCGAAUCCUGUCGAUCCAAGAACUGACGCCGAGCCUCCUCGCCCUGUUCUUCCAAAGCAUUCCGGCAAGGAAACAGAUCCACUAGUCGUGCGCUCUCCGGCGCCUGCAUCCUCCACCGAGUUCGCGACUAUACUUCCCUCCUGCCGUUUUAUCCUUUCAAGAUGUCUCUCCCUAUAUAUGCGUUCGUUGGGGUACAGGAACAAACAACAGAAAAUCCCUUCCGUCAUCGCUGAUGUUCAGAAAGCUGGGUUUGCAAUCUCAACAUUCAACUGGUCGACUUAUGUUCAGAUGCUUGCCUCCUCAGACCGAUAUUCGGACCAGAUCGAGGCCUUCAAAGUCUUCGAGGAGAAGUUCAUGCCUAAUUUUCCGGGGUGGAAGUAUCUCCGCCGAGGGUACGGGCUGAGGCCAGACAACGCCCCCUCAACCUUACAUGCCUUGGAGCAACCGAAACGUGGGAUCAAACCUGGCUUACUUGGCAAAGCUGGUCGGCGAUACUGGAGCAAGAUCCAGCCGGAUUACAUGCAGCCCACCUACGUUUCCAUGGUCUAUCUUGCGUCUGCCUUGCUCCACGUCCGCGAGAAAAGUAUUCAGGAUGGCGCCACCGCUCUCACAAUGCUCUACAAUGUGGCCCCGCAGACGAUCGAGGCGAUUGGGGAGAUGCCCUAUCUACGCGAGAAAUUCCAGGGCGUGCUACUCCGUAGCCGGCAGGAACAGGUUGAUAAGAAGAAAGAUGUUGACAGAAAUGAGCCUCUCGUGUGGACCGGCGGUAUCCUGGGCGUUAACGGCCGAAUCCGGGCCCCAUUCCAACCAAAGGAAGAGGAGCGCGAGGAAGAUGAAAUCGAGAAGGGACAAGAAAUUCUGGCCGAAGAGCACACCUUUAACACGUUCUCUGUGUCAGAAUCGACCCUCUCAGAGUCAGAGCAGACUAUUGUGCAUGAUUCACCUUCUCUCCCGGACCAAAUCAUUGAUUAUCCGGACGAAUUUGAUCUCGAAGCCGAGACGACUCUGCAGUUAACCCGAGGAUCUUCAACUAAACACGAUGAGCCACACGAUCUCGACCAGCGCCCGGACGACAAGAACGAGUGCACUACAGAGUCGAGUCCAAUGGAGGAUUCGUCGCCCGCCACUGAACCUGACACGGAGGUUGAAUCGCCCUCUGAUGGGACUGCAAAGGAUCAGGAAACCGACUGACUUCGGUCAAAUAUAGCCUUUGUGAUUUCUAUAGGCCAUAAUUCUGUAUAUUAAAUGAUGGUCCUUGAGUGACUCCUCAAGGACUGGCAUGUACGAUUUUUCUUUUCUCUUAUGGCCGUGUAUAUAUUCUGUUUCUUGGAUAUUAAGAAUUACCUAUACUGGCA